CUCCUAAACUUAAUGACAAAAUAAAAAAAGAAAAUUGGAAUAUUAUCUUUUUGAUUGAUAAUGUACUAGUACACAUCAUUCUUGAUGAAACUCAAGAAAAACUAAGCAAUCUACGUGUUGAAUUUCUCUCAGCACAGACCACCUCAAUUCUUCAGCCCUGCGAUGCAGAAAUUAUUAAUUCAUUCAAAUCUUGGUUAAUAGUUUCUACUGAAACAAUUUCAAAUUGUUGGAUAAAAACCAGAAUUCUUCUACCAUAUGAAAUAGUAAAUAGAUAUGAUAUUUUUGUUGACAUCAAAUAUAGAGAGCUAGAUGAAUUAGAAAAUCUUCUUACCAAAUUACCAGGUGAUGACAAUCUUAGUAUCUCCGAAUAUAUUAGUAUCAAAGAAAAUAAAGUUGAAAGUAAAUUUACAAAUAAUGAAAUCUUAGCAGCUGUUGCUAAAAAUGAAGAGGAAAUUGUAUCUGAAGUUUGUGAAACUAAUAUAUUAAAAAAAGUUGGUUGUGGUAAAACAAAAAAGGCUAUUAAUACAAUUUUAAGAUUUUUAUAUAAACAGGAAGAUAGAUUUGGUGAAAUUAUAUAA